AAUAAUAAAAAUACAUUAAAAAAUUAAUAAUAAUAAUAUACCAACAAUUAGCUUACUUUAUUUGUUGAUACAACCUGAAAAUGCUGCCAGGCUUCUGAACGGCCUCUUUUCUUGGCUCUCAAAAGAGCUCACCCUCUAUAGUUCACUCAAAAUCUACCGAAGUGCAUGACACUCAAAAACUGCGGGGUACGCGGCGCGCUACUUUUGAACCAGAUUACGAAGCGAAAACUUGAGAGCGAAAACUAAGCUUCGGACGUCACUGAUCACGUGGUUAUGGCAAAACGAUCAAGCUCCGGUCACUGUGAGAUGUUUCGUUUUUUUAUACAAGCUUCGGCAGUCACAUCACUAGCAACUGUCAGUGUUGCAGCUGUUUGUUGUUAAAAAAUGACGUUUUUCAUGCACGCCUGCGCUUUCUUCAUUAAAAUGAUUACCUUACCGCUUCACGUAGCAGAGACGGUCGGACUUUUGUCUUUCUACAAACGCGUGUUUCCUUAUGUCAUGUCUAAAUGUGCGGAUGCGUACAAUGAUAAAAUGAACGACAAGAAAAGGGAAUUAUUUCGAAGCUUGUCCAAAUUUUACCCAACGAACGGUCCUCUGCGGAUCUUGGAGGUGGGCUGUGGAUCCGGGGCGAACUUUGGGUACUACCCGACUGGCUGCAAACUUACAUGCACCGACCCGAACCCACAUUUCCGAAGCUAUCUGGAGAAAAGUAUGGCGAAGAACGACCACCUCGUGUAUGACAGCUUCGUUGUCGCUUCAGGCGAGAAUCUACAAGGGGUGGAGGACAACUCGGUGGAUGUUGUGGUAAGCACACUGGUUCUGUGCUCAGUUAAGGAUGUUCACAAGGUUCUGGAGGAGACGAAAAGAGUUCUCAGGCCCGGUGGAGCAUUUUUCUUUAUGGAGCAUGUGGUAUCUGACCCCUCAAGCUGGAUUUACUUUUUACAACAUGUUCUACAGCCUUUAUGGUACUAUAUGGGGUAUUUUUGUGAGACAACUCGUGCCAUUUGGAAGGAUCUUGAGGAAGCUGGCUUUUCAGACCUGCAGCUACGCCACAUUCAUCCUCCUCUGUUUUUCAUGAUCAGACCUCACAUUGUUGGUUAUGCUGUAAAAUAAUGAAAAUGAAUCUCAAGUGUAUAUUCAUUAACUAGGAUUGUUAAAAUAAUCCAAUGUUUUCUUGUUUUGUUUUAGAAAUAUAAUUUUGUAUCAAAGAGUUACACAGUUAAUACCAAGACUGUGUUAUGUGUCUUUUUAUACCUUUAUCUUGUUUAAACAUUUAGAUAGGUGCAAAGUCCCUUUCAAGGAGUGACUCAGCAACGUAUUUGCAAUGCCUCCGGGAAAAAAAAAAUGCCAUAAGCAACUUACAUAAAUUGUAAGAACCACAACAGUAAAACAAUAAAAUUAAUUAACGUUAAAACAAAAGCCAUGGGAAUAUUUAUGUUUUUUUCUUGUUUGUGCCCUUUGUAGACAUCACAUUUGAUGGAUCCUCACGUGCAGAAUGUUUUUAUCAUUGUGUUUUUUAGUUUAUUUUUAAUAAUUUAUUCACAUAAUCAUUAGUUAUCCAUAUGAUUGUUUAUUUGAUUAUUCAAUAUAUAUUUUUAUUAUUAUCAAUUUCAUUAUUUGAUCAUUUUUAACAAUAUAAUAUCGAUAUAUUUAUUUAUUCAUUCAAUAUAUUUCUAUAUGUUAUGUGUCUUAUUAAUUCCAAAUUUUCUGCUAAGACGAAGUUUGAACAUUGAGACAUACUGUAUGCAACUGAGAUUGAUUUAAUAAACUCCCAUUUACCA